AUGAGGUCGUUUCUUUCCUUUCUAUUACUUGGCUUCUGGGGAGCUUGCGUCCAUGCAUUGAGUAGCUCGGGAUCCCGCCUGCUCGUUGUUCUGGAAGACGACCAGAGCUCAUAUUCAGCCCUGUGGGCAGAUCUGAAAGCCCGAGGCUACGACAUUACUUUCGAGUCGCCCAAAAGCGACAAGUUGUCUUUAUUCGAACAUGGCGAGAAAUCAUUUGACCACCUCUUGAUCCUCCCAACAAAGUCCAAGGGUCUUGGUCCCGCACUGGCGCCGAAGCUAUUGCUCGACUUCAUCAACGAUGAGGGCAACAUUCUACUUGCCCUCUCUGGGAAGUCUUCUACCCCCAGCUCCAUCAGCUCCCUCCUCCUUGAAAUGGACCUGCAUAUCUCGCCCGAUCGGUCAUCAAUCGUAGUCGAUCACUUCAAUUACGAUACCCUUUCUGCGACGGACAAGCACGAUGUUCUUCUCCUGCCCCUCCCUAAUCCCACCAGACCAGAUGUGAAAUCAUUCUUCUCCGGCGAAGGUGUGUUGGCACUCCCACGGCCGGUGGGACAAUCGCUAGGUAACGCCAGUCCCCUCCUUGCCCCUGUUGUGCGAGCUCCCGAGACCGCCUACAGCUAUAAUGUCAAGGACGACUCGCCCUCUGCUGAGGAUAGCUUUGUGACCGGCUCGCAGCUGGCAUUGGUGUCCACAAUGCAAGCCAGGAACUCUGCUCGGUUUACCGUCCUCGGAUCUGCAGAGGCUUUAGAAGAUAAAUGGUUCUCUGCCUCUGUGAAAUCGCCAGCUGCCAAAGCAGCUGUCACUUCUGUAAACCGGGAAUUCGCCAAGCAACUCACAGGCUGGACUUUCCAGGAACUUGGCGUUCUGCGAGUUGGAAAGAUUGAACAUUACCUUAGCGACGAGUACGGCAAUAUUGAGGGCGAGGUUAACCCGACCAUCUACCGAAUUAAGAACGACGUUACCUUCGAUAUUGAGCUGUCUGAGUAUGAGUUCGACAAGUGGGUGCCAUUCAAGGUCCCCUCUAAAGACGAUAUUCAGCUCGAAUUUAGCAUGUUGUCCCCAUUUCACCGCCUGAACCUGGAACCCAAGACGCGCACCCAAAACAGCACCAUUUUCGGUGUAACAUUCACGACCCCCGACCAACACGGCAUUUUCUCAUUCCGCGUCAAUUAUAAUCGUCCCUUCCUAACCAAUAUCGAGGAGAAACACGAAGUUACUGUCCGCCACUUUGCGCACGACGAAUACCCGCGCAGCUGGAGCAUCAGGGGAGGCUGGGUUUGGAUCGCUGGACUUUGGGCCGUUAUUGGCGGAUUCCUUGCAUUUGUGCUUGUGUGGCUUUAUUCCGCUCCGGUACCCAGUGCGGAAGCAAAUAUUCGAAAGGUUAAAUAG